GCAAGCAAGCAAGCAGCAACUAGCCAGCUCCAAGCCUCCAUCCGACCCAAGAAAAGCAACUAUCUUUUGCUAGAAAAGCAAGGGGGAAAAACAUCCAUCAAUGGCGGCAAGAGCGAGAGCGGUGGCCGCCAUGUCCAGCAGCAGCAGCGUCCUCCUGGCCGCGGCGGUGGCACUGGCGCUGCUGGUGGCGUCGGCGACGGCGCAGUCCGGGUGCACGUCUGUGCUGAUCGGCCUGUACCCGUGCAUGAACUACAUCAGCGGCAGCGGCACGGCGCCGACCAAGUCCUGCUGUUCGCAGCUCGCCUCUGUGGUGCAGUCCCAGCCGCAGUGCCUUUGCAGCGCGCUUGGCGGUGACUCGUCGUCGCUCGGCGGCGUCACCAUCAACAAGACCCGCGCGCUCGAGCUGCCCAACGCCUGCAACGUGCAGACCCCGCCGGCGAGCAAGUGCGACGGCGCUGGUGGUGGCAGUGCUCCCGGCGCCAGUGCCAACACACCGACCACCCCGGCCGGUUUGGGAUCGAAGACGACGCCGUCGGCGUAUCUGCAGGGGAGCGGAGGCUCGUCGCUCCAUGGCCCGGCGGGUAUGGUGUUGGCGCUCGCGAUCGCUGCGGUCUACGCCGUGUCGGCCGUGUGAGCGUCUCGGUUACUGGACUGGAACGCUUGCUGGCCCGGUGAUUCAGAAAUAUGCUUGUUGUGUGGUACUAUUUGGGUUUCCUAUUGGUUUAGCAUGAAGCAAUGGGGGGAGUGCUGAGGAAGAAUAUUCCACAUGAUGUAAUUAUUGGUUCGUUUCGCUGCACACACAAUAAGAAGAGUCUAUUUCACUUUUAACCUUGUUUUUGUCAUUUUUAUAUGGAUUACCCUGUUUA